AUGCUUGCUUCUCUCUUUCUAGCUCUCUCGUCACUCACAGCGGUGCAGGCUGCGCUCAAGUAUAAAGGGGUGGAUUGGUCAUCUGUAAUAGUCGAGGAAAAGGCCGGAAUUUCCUACACUACUACGAGCGGAACCGCCCAAUCUCUCGAAAAGAUACUUGCAGACAGUGGUGUCAAUACUGUCAGACAAAGAGUCUGGGUCAAUCCUUCAGAUGGCAAUUACAACUUAGACUACAAUUUGAAGUUAGCUCAACGAGCAAAGGCGGCCGGAUUGGGUGUCUACAUAGACUUCCAUUACAGCGAUACUUGGGCGGACCCAGCGCAUCAAGUAAUUCCUUCUGGUUGGCCGACGGGUAUUGACGACCUCGCCUGGAAACUGUACAACUACACCUUAGACGCAUCAAACAAGUUCGCUCAAGCAGGUAUCGCACCUACGAUUAUCUCAAUUGGGAAUGAGAUCAGGCCGGGUCUCCUGCUCCCAACAGGCUCGACUAGUAACUUUAACAAUGUCGCGAGGCUUUUGCAUUCGGCCUCGGCUGGCAUCAAGGACAGUAGUCUGUCUCCCAAACCCAAGAUAAUGAUCCACUUAGAUAAUGGAUGGGAUUGGGGCACCCAGAACAAUUGGUAUACCUCAGUUUUGAAGGCGGGAACCCUGACCUCAUCGGACUUCGAUAUGAUGGGUGUCUCCUAUUAUCCAUUUUAUAACUCGGGAGCGACACUCGCAAACCUCAAGACGAGUCUCACCAACAUGGCGAACACUUGGGGCAAGGAGAUUGUUGUGGCGGAGAUCAACUGGCCCACUUCAUGCUCUCAUCCGGCCUACUCAUUUCCAAGUGACGUGAAGAGUAUCCCAUUUUCGGCAGAAGGUCAAACCACCUUUAUGCAGAAGACAGCAGAGGUGUUGGCUAGUGUCAAGAAUGGGAAUGGUUUAUUCUAUUGGGAGCCUGCCUGGAUGAACAACCAAGGGCUCGGUUCGUCGUGCGAGUCGAACACAAUGUUCUCCUGGCCCGGAAAAGCGUUAUCUAGCUUGGCGGUCUUCAAGACAAUCUAG